AUGGCGCACCUGGAGCCAAUGUUUAUUUAUUUUCAAUGGAUAACAAACAAUGCUUGUUUGGCAAACACUGCUCACCAAACAUGGUCACUCUCUUCUUCCACCACCACCACUAUGCUCGUCACCGCCGCCAACGCCAUGCCAUCACCAUCACCCAUAGCCACCACCACCCACAUCACUUGUCUAUCACCCAUGGCCACCACGUCCACCAACAUCGACCACGCCGCCCUUCAACAACAAUGCGGAGACGCCACGUCACGAAACAACGAGUGCCAGAACCCAAGAAAACACCCCAACCCCCACGAAAACGACACCCCGCCCACGAAACGACACCCAGCACCCACGCACACCACCAGCAGACACGAAACAACGGCCAACGGAUGCAAAACCACACCCACGGACACGAAAAACACCCAACAGACAGAAGACAAUGACCAACAGACACGUACACCGCCCGUGGACACGAAACAACACGCAGCAGACACGAACAACACCCCUGCGCCCACAAACGACACCCAGCACCCACAAAACCACACCCAGCGCCCACAGAACGUGUGGAAUUCCUGCAGAUUCCUGUGGAUUCCUGUGGAUUCCACUGGAAGUCCUGUGGAAUGA